AUGGAGACCGUUGACCAGCAAAACGUUUUGUUGGACACCUUUAACCUGGUGAGAGGCACCCGUCUGGGGCGUGGCGGCUCAGGAGAGGUUGUUUUGGCCUCGGCCAAACACGAUCCGUCUCUCAAAGUGGCCGUAAAGAUGGUUUCUUUGAAAAGAAAGUCAGGGGAAACAGAUUUUUUCAAUGAAGUUUCCUUCCUUCGUGAACUACGCCACCCCCAUAUCCUAAAGAUGAUAGCCUUUGCCUGCGUUCCUCAACACGGCUUCAUUUUGAUGACGUACUAUCAGAACGGGACACUUAGCAGUUUGAUAUGGUCAGAACCUCUGAAGGGAAGACGGAUGCUAGGACAUGUCCUUGAUGUGACCUGCGCAUUGGAGUAUCUCCACAACCGCUACAUCUACCACCAAGACGUGAAACCGUUGAACAUUUUGUUGGACAAUCAGGAUCAUGCCAUUCUCGGAGACUUCGGACACGCCAAACAAGCAAGAGACAGUUCCGCCAAAGUGAGGGAGUGGGUGUCUACACCGGGCUUUUACGGACCCGAGACGAGGAAAGGUCGGCCCAUGUGUCCUUUCAAGGUAAGAAUAUAG